AGAGGGCGGACUCCUCGGAGACUCCCUUCCUCCUGUAUACUUCCCUUGGUGGCACCAACACAACACAACACAACAAACGUCAGUGCUGAGAUACAAGGUUGGAGUUAUCACACACCCGGGAGGAUGUAACUACAUCAGAUAUAAAGAUGUGAGUGGAUGGAUGAAAGAAAGGAACACAAUGGUAGCAUGAGGAGACCAUCCCACACAAACAUCUCCCACCACAACCUACAAAACAGGAGGUAGAACUAGUCAAGAACAAUUCCUCAGAACUGUACAAUAUCGUGCACAGGCCAGAGUAAUUGACUCACUAAAGAGCCUUCAAGAUGAUGAGUGGAGAAUCGUGUGGGCGGUUUGGACAGGAUGACGACGAUGAUGAUGAGCACGAUGGUCCUGGGCGUCACAUGUCUCCACCAGAAGAUCCUUGGAACUUGAUAUAUCUGGCUCUGGUGAUGGCUGGUAUUGGCUUCCUAUUGCCAUAUAACAGUUUCACCAUUGCUGUUGAUUAUUUCCAAGAACGUUAUCCUGAGACCACGAUCGUCUUUGACAUUUCUAUCGUUUACAUCUUCGUUGCGUUUGGCGCUGUGCUGCUCAACAACCUCGUGGUGGAGCUGGUGCCUCUUAACAUCAGAAUUAUAUUUGGAUAUGUCGUUUCUCUGGUCAUGCUCAUCUUCGUCAGUUUCUUUGAGAUUUGGUGGCCCAACGCCUUCAUGGCCAGCAUCUCCUACAAAGUCACACUCUUCUCUGUCUCCGUGGUGGCCUUCGGUUGUACAGUCCAGCAGUCAAGCUUCUAUGGUUAUACCAGCAUGCUACCAAAGAGAUAUACUCAAGCUGUUAUGACUGGAGAGAGUACAGCGGGACUAAUCAUCUCUGGGAAUCGUAUAGUGACAAAAUUGCUGUUGGAUGACCAGCGGACCAACACCAUGAUCUUCUUCGUCAUCUCCAUUGCCUUUGUCUUCCUCUGCCUCGUCACUCAUGUUGUUGUUCAGAAGACAACGUUCAUACAGUUUUAUCUUAAUCUGUGCCGCACCACCGAGGAUACGGACGACCUCAAGAGAAUUACCUUGGAGCCGUCGGAGGAUGCUAUACUGGUUGAUGUAGCGGCAGGGUUUGGGGGUGGAAGUGUGAACAGUUCAUACGGUGGAACAGUGACACCCUCUGACUCCACUGCCACCUUCCAAUCUGCGGCCACUCUCCCCAUCUCGGCGUCUAUAGAUCCCAUUGACUCGUCGGCUCCCAGCUACAGAGUCGAGCAUGUUAUUAUGGGGAGAGUGAGAGGAGGCUACACAUCCACAUACACCAGAUCCAUCAGACUCUGGUCAGCUAUUAAGAGGGGAGUAAUAGCCCGGUGGCAGGUGGGCCGCAACGUAUGGCAGUAUAUGUUUUCCAUCGCCCUGGCAUAUUUUGUGACUCUGUGCCUCUACCCUGGCAUAGAGACUGAGGUCGUGUCGUGUCGUCUACAUUCAUGGAUGCCGGUGGUUAUGAUGGCCACCUUUAAUCUUUUUGAUUUUAUUGGCAAGAUUCUUGCAUCAAUACCUUAUGACUGGACUCGCCGACAACUGGUGAGCGGAUCUAUAGUCCGUAUAAUAUUAGUGCCCUUCAUGAUGCUUUGUGCUGGACCUCGGCCAACUCCUAUCAUCUCUGGUGAAACCGCCCCUCUCAUCCUCUCUGCCCUCCUGGGGCUGUCCAAUGGCGUCCUCGGUUCUGUCCCCAUGAUCCUUGCUCCCACCAAGGUGCAGGACGAACAUCGAGAACUCACCGGUAAUAUCAUGACGCUCUCGUACUACGUGGGACUGACGUUCGGUGCCAGCGUCGCUUAUGGUCUGGACGACAUUUUGGGUUCACCAUCAAUUCAUACUUGCCAGGAUAAGGUACUCGGUCCCAGCCUAAAAAAUAUCAAAUUAAACCCAACGGCUCUGACAGAAUUAACUUCUGCAUCACAUCUUCCCGAGCAGAACCUAUAUAAUACCUCAAGAGAAGGGACAAUGUAUGUGUUCUGAGGAAGUUAAUGUCUAUAUUGUGUGUGUGUUAAGAGUAGUGACCUUCAUAGAAACUGCCAAAUUAUAGGAUACUGUAAUGUACUGUAUUACCUUCUCUGUCGGUGACUUAUAUGUUGUAGUAUAUUUAGGGUUAGUAGUAAGGAAAUUAAAUUUUAAUUUUAUUAUUUUGGAUUUUAGAAAAAUUAGUCAUCAGUAACCAGUAUUUUGUGAAAUUUAAUUAUUUUGAAUUGGAUCUUCUAUAUAUAUUUCAAGUAAUGGUUUAAUGUUAAUUCAUUAUGGCUUACAGCUGGUCACUGGUUGAGAUAUUUAGGGAAGAUGCCACACGUGGACCCGUCAGCUCCCAGAUAGAAUGGGGUGUUAGAAAUAUAGAUGGAUAUAAGAUUAUUACAAAUUUGGGAAUUAGAGUUAUGAUGGCAUUUCAGCGAGCUUUUGUAAGAAGAUAACAAUCAUAGGUGAAUAUAAGGUGUUAGAUAUGUAGAUGUGAAAGUUGCAGUGAUUUUGAAAAGUGGAAUUGCUUUUUCAGAGUACUUUUAUAAAGUGAUGAUAAUGAUGAAUUAAAACUUAUGGGGAAGUUAAGGGAGUAGUGAGAGAGUCAUUGUACUGUAGUCAUUGUAAUAAGACUUAUCCCCACGGGUCGCCUUUAGAAUGUGUGAUAACAUUUUAAUACUCUUUUUAAUAUGCAUAAUAGGCUAGUUUUUUAUGAUAAUACAGGAAGUUGCUUCUUCACUUAGUUGUUAUUUAGAGAAAACUUUAUUUAUUUACUUUCAUUUAGUAUUUUAUUGUAGUUUAUUAAUGUAGCAAUUUGUUAGAUCAUUGCAUGCUUUUCUUUUUGGUUAAAGGAAGUAACAGAAUAUGAAUCUCAUAUCACUCUAGAUUAUUUAAGAUUUUACUAAUUAGUGGUAAGAUUUAUAUAUACAGUACAAUAGUAAUUAGUAUACUUUAGUGCAUAUAAUGUAAUUUUUGCUUCAGUUCACAAGGUUGUAUAAGAAAACUACAGUGUACACCAAUACAGUAGUCUAUUUAUUUGUGUAUUAAUUUAUUAUAUUUGUUACGUUUUUGUUUGUCUGAAGUCAGUCAGAGUCUUAUUAGUUUUAUUUUUAACAUCAGGGUCUCAACACAACACCUUCACGUGUUAGUAUACUGUACCUAUUAGAACUUAAUACAACCCAUGGGUGAUAUAUAUAUCUACUAUAUAUAUAUAUAUAUUUAAUUUUUUUUUUCCCCUGGUAGAUCGUGGUCAUGUACAGAUGGGGAAAUUUCAGAGUGCUACACCAACCCACGAAUUCAAACCAUACAAAUGGGAUACCAAUGAGCUCGAAGCACCUGAUAAAGUUCCAUUAUUCGGGUAACAUUGUGUAAGGGGGAUGGGAGGUGGAUGGCUAGGGGUUAGAGUCACUGAGUUUUGUGCAGGAGGAAGUUGCUCACAAUUCUUUCUCACGAAGCUAGUUGUCCCUCCUGUGAGAGGUCUGAGCUCAUAAUAAGAUUUAAUACUUAUGUGAUCCUGACAAUACCUUGGCUGCAAUGUGAUUGGCUGCUGACAUUGUUAACGUGAUGUCACCACUGCGUGGAAAGCUUUAAUAUUUUACAUUAUGUUCUUCUUUCCUCCCUUACUUAUAUAUACAGUAUUUUCAUGUAUUUACAGAAUAUGUAAACACAUAUCUCUUGAGUCAUAAUAUCCCCUUCUACCUAUAUCCAUAAUUAACCAGCAGAAAUGAUUAGCAUGACAACUGUAUGCUGCACACUCACAACCCUACCACCUCCUCCCACCCAACCCCCUACCCACUGUUAU